AUGUCUGAAUUAUCUCAAAACAGUAAUGAUGAGAUAAUCACAUCUAAGGAGACAAGAUGGGAUCGAAUACGGAAACGGCACAUGAAUUCUCUAAACGUAAAAACAGAAACAGUGAAAAAAUUUAUUGAAAUUGAUUAUAUAGGGAAAAAAAACAUGAAACUAUUAAAUGGUGAUAUUAAUCCUAACCACAGCAUUAAUCCAGCUCUAGUAAUGGACUUGAGGCAUGAGAUGAUUGAGCGUAUUACGAAACCGAAAAAGGAAUUGAUACCUGAGAAGGAAUAUGCGUUAGAUAAAGUGAAAGCUCAUAAUCAGGCUGUCGAGGAUCAUUAUAUCGAUAAUGAAUUAAAUAAAUUAAAAACUGAAUUGGAAAAAUCACGCAUUAAAAUGUCAAAGAAAUUACAAAGGCCAAAAUUAACAUUAACCUUAAGUAAUAAAGGGAUUUUUCAAAGUUUAGAAAAAUGUACAGAUGUGCUAGAUGAUUUUUAUUGUGCGCCUAUAGAAGCUCUUCAAGAAGCUAAUAAAAUAUCGAAUGAUUCGGUUGAAAAAUCAAACUCAAGCGAUGAAAAAUUUGAAUCCGAAACCAAGAGCCCAGUCGAAGUUUCAAGUGACCUUAAAAAUAAUCCAAGCGUUAAUGGGUAUACCUCACCAGACAAUCACGUUUCUUCUCAUGACAAAACUCAAAUACUUGUACCUGAAAUAAAUAUUAAAGAUGAUGUUGAAGAAGUACAAGAAAAUCGCUGUGUUCGAUUUGAAGAUAACAUAGAAAUUCACAAUUACUCUCGUGAGCCGUCAUUCAACGAAGGUUUAAUACGUUUUGAAACUGAAUUUCAAAAUGGAGAGAUUGUAGAAGGAUUUGCUCUUGUUGGAAAAUCUCUUAGCAUAAAUUGCUCUGACGGCGAAAUAGAUUCACGAAAUAGUAAAUUUAUUGAAAUAGAAGAGAUUAACAAUUUUCAGGAAGAAGAAGAAAUUGAUGAAAAUUGUAUAGUUGAAAAGAUUCAAUUUAGAAAUGAGGAUAUAAGAGACGAUAAGGAUUAUGUUUUUACUGUUAAUGAUGAUUUGUUGAGAAUAAGAAGAGCUCUACCUGAUACAAAUGACUUACAAGUAAUUGUUCAAAUGAAUUCUAUAGAUAAUGGAAGUCAAGAUAUUUCUGAGGAAAUCGAUAAUAAAAGUGAUUCAGAUUUGUCAAACAGUGAACAAACUAAUGCUAUUACUAAACUAUUUAGGCCAAAAUGCCCACCGACUGAAAUUUUAAUGAGAAAAUACUUUUUGAGAUGGAUACAUUUUACUACAUUAGAAAAAAUAGAGAAACAAAAUUUUAGUAACAACGAAGAUGACAGAAUAUUAAAAAUCAAUGCAUUUUUAGAUCAGAUUCGGCGAGAAAAAAGAAAAAUAUCAAAAAUAAACUCGCAACGCCCUGAAUUUGAUGCUAAUGGACACAGAGUCAGACCGAGUAAUGACAAUGAAGUAGUAGUAACCAAAAAAUAUCAAAGAAAAAUCAAGGUUCAACAAGAUAUUAUUGAAUUACAACGGUUAAAAUUAGAACGUCAAGAACGCAUGAUAAUGGAACUAAAACUUAAUAAAUUAGCAGAGGCUGCAAAAUUAUCGCAACAGGAAAUAAAAAUGGAAUUGAAAAAUGUCAUUCGUAAUGGUGAACAAAAAAAUCGUUGCAAAGCAAAAUGUCUUCAGUUAGUAGGAAAUCUACGGGAUGAAGAAGACGAGGAAUUUGCAAAAUUACAAGGAAGAUCUUUAAUGGAUACUAAAUUUUUGGAAAGAAUGCAACAGCGUGCGAUUGAAAGAAGUAUUAAACAUGAACAAGCACGACAGCGGCGUUUACAACAGGAAGCUGAAAGAGAAGCAGCAAAAAUUGCUGCAGAAGAAGCCAAAAGAUUUGAAGACGAAGAAGCAAAAAAACAACGUAUUGAAGCUUUAAAGGAAAAACGACGCCAAGAAAAAUUAGCUAGAAUUCAAAAGGAACGUGAUCGACAACGUUUUCUUGAAAUCUCUAAAAUUGCUUUAGAUUUUGCUCGUAGAAAACUGCUCAGUCGAUAUGGAAUUGAAGUUUUUAAACAAAUCGUAUCGAAAAAACGAAAUAAUUACAGAAAGGCGGAAAUAUUUCGUCGGAAGAACUUAAAAAGAAAAGUUUUUGCAGCUUGGAUUAAAUUCUUUGUUGAAAUAUGGGAAAAUAGAGAAAAAAAAGCUGAUUAUAUGUAUCAGACAAUUUUAAGAAGGACCCAUUUCGGAUCUUGGCAGAUAUACUUACAAAACGAGCGAAGUAAAUAUAUGGUUGCUAUUGAUUGGUAUGAUUUAAAAAUAACUGAAAAUGUAUUUAAAAUUUGGCUGGGAGUUACAAAAUUAAUGAAAAUUGUUGAAGAAACGAAAACAAAACAGGCUGAAUCCCAUUACCAAUGGAACUUACGUUGGAAAAUAUUAGAUAGGUGGCGAAGGUUGCCACAAAUUCUGAAGCUUGAAAAAGAGACUGAACAACGACGACAACGUUGGCGUAUGAAAAUUUGGGAACUUCUACCAGAUUAUACACCGAAUAGGGACGAUGAAUAA